AUGUCCGCCUCCAAAAUCGAAAUCACAGAUGCCGACAAGACCGUCGAGUCUGUCGAUGUCAAUCUCGACUCGGCUGCCGCCGUCGACCCCGACAAGCCCCGGGUGCCUGUUACCCGUGUCGAGUUCAUCGGCACGCUCUUUGCCCUGAUGAUGCUCAUCUUCUCGGCAUCGCUCCUCGGUACCAUCAUCGCCACGGCCCUGCCCUCGAUCGCCAACCAGCUCAACGACAUGAACGACUAUUCCUGGGUCGCCACGGCCUUCCUGCUCACCUCGACUGCUGUUCAGCCCGUUACCGGUGUUCUCAGUGACAUUUUCGGUCGCAAGGCCGUCGUCGUCGUUGCCGCCUUCAUCUUCCUCGCCUCGACCAUCGUCUCCGGCUUCAGCCAGUCCAUGAUCAUGCUCAUCGUCGCCCGUGCCGUCCAGGGUCUGGGCGGCGGUGUGAUCACUGCCAUCGUCUACAUCGUCAUCGGUGACAUUGUCGCCCCCAAGCUACGCGGCCCCUACCAAGGCAUGAUCGGUGCCGUCUUUUCCGUCGCCACCGUCAUCGGCCCCGUCAUCGGCGGAUACUUUACCGACAGCUCGGCCGGCUGGCGCUGGUGCUUCUUCAUUGUCGCGCCUUUUGCCCUCAUUGCCCUGAUUUGUGUUAUCUUCCUGAUGAAAAUUCCGUCCAGCCCUGGCUCGCUCCGCGACAAGAUCCACCGUCUCGAUGGCUGGGGAACACUGACGGUGUCCGCUGCCGUGGUGCUGAUGCUCCUCGGUCUGACCUGGGGCGGAAACACCUAUCCCUGGACCUCGGCCACGGUCCUGUGCCUGCUCAUCUUUGGCUUCCUGAUGCUCAUCGUCUUUGUCGUGGUCGAAGCCAAGGUGCCCCGCGAGCCCAUGAUGCCCAUGGACUUGUUCACCGUCCUCAACUUCAACGCCAGCAGUGUCAUUGCCUUUGUGGUCGGCUUCCAGCUCUAUGGCUUCAUCUACUUCAUUCCACUGUACUAUCAAAUCAUCCACAACUACAACGCCACCCAGGCCGGCCUCUCGCUGCUGCCCAUGGUUCUGACGCUGUCGAUCGCCUCCAUCGUUGCAGGCGUGAUUACUUCCCGCUUCGGCACCACCCGCCCCUUCGCCAUUGGCGGCAUGGCCCUCCUCACCAUCUCCAUCGGUCUCCUCAUGCUCCUCGACGAGAACUCCAGCAUCGUUGUCGAGUACGUCUACCUCGGCUUGAUGGGUCUUGCCAUGGGCCCCACCAUGCAGACCAUCACCCUUCUUGUUCAGGGCUCGGUUCCGCCGCACCGACUUGCAUCUGCCACGGCCGUCAACACCUUCUUCCGCACUCUCGGCGGUGUCUUUGGCGUCACUCUCUUCGAGACCAUUCUGACAACUCGCUUCCAGUCGGCACUCGUCGGUCGUCUUGGUCCUGCAGCGCUGCAGGCCGGUGGAUCGCUGGACCCCAAGGCGAUUUGGACGCUCCCCGUUGCCAUCCGCACCCCCGUCAUCGAGUCCUUCAUCGAUGCCUUCCAUAUGGUUUGGCUCGUCGGCUGCUGCCUCAUGGGCUUCGGCUUCCUGUUCUCACUUAUCCUGCGACCCUUGACCUGGGAUGCCAAAAAGGAUACCAAGACGGCCACGAGCGUCAAGGACAUCGAAUCCAAGUAACCGCACCCAGUCUCCAUAAGGCACACCUGAUCCUCCUCCUCCUCCUCGCCUCUCGGCGAUAUAUGGUUACUUGACCAUCACAAGUCUCUCCUGCAUGUUUGCAUUCGCAUGAUUGUGUCAUCCUUCUAGCUAGAGACACUGUGGCCAGCAGGCACAUUUGCAAAGUCUCCCUCCCUUCUUGUUCCCAGCUCCUCAUGGUGCCUCUUGACCAAAGUUGGUCUGCUGGCUCGGUUGCCCGACUCUGUCUCUACAGGCCACUACUCUCACCUCAGCUCGUACACACAUCCAUCAUGCAUUC